UCCGUCAGUCUCGCCAGUCGCCAGCAUCAGUGCUCGGUUUGCGUCCGGUGUGGAUGGAAGGUCCUCGACUCCCUCCGUCGCCGUCGUCUCUCUGUCCCUGAGCCGAUUGGUGUUAUCGCAUUCAGCACAUGUUCGGACACGAAAUAUAUCUGCAUCUCAUUUGCCCUGGGUGCGCUUCGUCCUAAGAGCCCCACUUAGUGAAACAAAAAACUGUUCUAUGCUUCAAACUGAAUUUUUAAAAACUUGGGUUUUAAAAUUGGUCUGAUUUUUAUGGUCAUUUUGGAAUUCGUUCGAACUGUGCUUUUUGAAGUGUUGUAGUCCUCUAAGCAACAGCGAGUUUAUCCCCAUAAUGUAAAACAGGUAUCAGUAUUCUUUUCCCGUCUGUGGACUCGCACUGCAUUUUUGAUCCUUGCUUUUCGUUCCGAAAAAGCUGUGAAAGUGUAUCGAACUCCGGUCAGGGUGAGCCAAAAGAUUCACCUCGGGCACCUUCUGAAUGAAAGAGUCAAUGCACAGGAAAAUGGUCAUGAUCCACGUUCACACAAUUCAUCGCUGGUGAAGUUUAGUGCAGAAACGGAAUGCAAGAGUGAAGAGAAGCGCGUUCAAGAGAAGAACUUCUGAGGGACUCGAAAAUAGAAAGGAAGGUGCCAGAAGGUCUCGUGCUUCAAAAUGGACGAUGAAGUAGAGGACGCGGUCCAGCCAUUGUUUGAGUGAUGUGUUUAUGUAAUGUGGCGUCGCAACGCAAUCCAACGAUAGCAUUAAUCUUAAGCAAAUAGUUCACGGUCGCUUGAUAUCAGUUCCAGAUACGAAACACAGAUUAGAACGAUCAAAAACAUGCGUAAGUACUUCUGGCUUUUACUGUACUUGAGCGAGGCUUUCGACUCGAAUCAUACGAUGAAAUAGCCUUUCCAUACAGAGAGACAAGAGCGUUUUCCCUUCCAUUGUCAAGUGUUCAGUUUCUGUCUUCCUUAGAUGUUGGACUGAAGAGAAAAGACACUGCAGUGCCUUGAAAGCCCUUGAAGAAUUAGCGGGAAACUUUCAUUGAAUACCUUUCUAUUUGAACUGCAGAAGCAAAGAGUCAUUCUAAUACGAAUGCAAAGGGAACAUGAGCUCAGAAUAAUAAUGAACUUCUUGAUUCAAAGGUCACAUAGUAGAAUUAAGACUGCAUUCAAAUCGUUCUUCAGAAGCAAAGCCUCCCAUCACGGGUUUAAGCUCUUUAUUUUAAUAACGUGUUCACCACUGGGCGACGAUGUCCCCUUCAAUGGCAGUGGCAGCCGGUGAAAACGAUUACCUGGACGCAGCAGACGGCAUGGAUGAGGCCAAUUACCUGGAACUGCUGAACCUGGUCAUCCACGAUCCGAACAUCGACCUUGAGGACUCGAAUUCGGAGGUGGUGACCCGCGUGAGGGCCGCCAUGUACAGCCGGUUCAUGCUGCAAUCGAAGAAGCUGAACGACACGCACGAGAACACCGAACAAGACCAGAAGCUCCGCAAGUGUUUCCACGAAUACAUCAUCUCCGCUUUGGAGCCUCAGUACGGGCCCAGUGCUUGCCCCGUCAAAUUCGACGGGGUGUCUUGCUGGCCUGAGACGCCACCGGGCACCGUGAGGUCUAUUCCUUGUUUCACCGACUUCAACGGCCUCAAUUACGAACCUACAGAAAACAACGCGACUCUCUACUGUUACCCAAACGGGACGUGGUCCAAGACCUCCUACUACAACCUGUGCUUCGACUUCGUGCCCGAUGAGCCAGAGCCAGAGUCCACCCACAGCACGAACACCAUCAUCUUCUACGUGGGCAACUCCCUCAGCCUGGUGGCAGUGACCAUCGCACUCUGGAUAUUCAUCUCCUUCAAAGACCUCCGAUGCCUGAGGAACAAGAUACAUUCCAACCUUCUGUUCACGUACCUCAUACAUAAUCUACUUUGGAUCACCUAUGCAUCCGUCCAGGUAAUGAUCACAGAGACGGUGACGUGUAUUUUCUACGUGGCGCUGAAUUACCUGAAUCUCACGAACUUCAUGUGGAUGUUUGUCGAAGGCCUGUACCUAUACGUACUAGUUGUCGAGACUUUCUCGAUUGAAAAUAUCAAGUUACGUGUCUACACUAUAUUGGGCUGGGGAGUCCCGGUACCCAUCAUAAUCCUAUGGGUCGUCCUGAAACUGCAACUAACCAGUGAUCACAGGGGGACGGAGCUGGAACACUCCGGAAUGGACGGCCCCGAGAUGGAAGGCUUUUUGAAGACGUGUCCCGUCUUGCCAGGAAGUGCCAUAGACUGGGCACUGAGGGCGCCCACACUCCUGCUCCUCUCCAUCAAUAUACUUUUCCUCUGCAGAAUCAUGUGGGUGCUCAUAACGAAACUAAGGUCAGCCAACACAGUUGAGACUAAACGCUACAGGAAGGCAACAAAGGCUCUGCUGGUGCUCAUUCCUCUCCUAGGUCUCACAUACAUGCUGCUCAUUGCCCUGCCUUCAGAACUAGAACACCUGCAAACUAUUAUGCUUUCUACACAGGGGUUCUGGGUAGCGGUCUUUUACUGCUUCUUGAACACCGAGGUACAGAACAGCAUCCGCCAUCACAUAGAGCGAUGGCGAACGGAGAGAGGCAUCUCGGGCGACCGGAGGACUUCUCUUCGUCACAGCAGUAUGCGCGAAGGCUCCCCUAGGAACAGAAACAGCUUCCGCAGCUACGGCAGACGCCUGUUCGGAGGGAAGCGAGAAUCGCUCUGCUCGGAACUGACAACGAUGAGCACUUACGUCACCAACGGCUACAACCCCGUCAGCACACACGCGCCAACGGCCCCGCCCCCACCCCUGCCGCCCACGGCCCAAAACCCAGUCACGGUUCCCUUGAUGCGGAAUCACUGCAGUUGCCUCAACUCGACGGCUGGGCUGAACCCCUGCUGCGAGGAGGAAGUCAAGAUGAUGAUGAGGGACUCCGUGAUAUAAUAUCCUGUCUCGCACAGAGACGAAGGAAAAUCAAGUUUUCCUUCGGCACUAAUAAAAGACAUUUGUAUAUAAGGAUGAAACAGACAUUUCGUUGUUAUCUGCAUCGCUUCUAAUUUGGAUCCGGAUUUUGAGGCCGGAUUCCAACGGAUCUUGUAACUGGAUCCCAAAGGAUCUUGUAACCGGAUCGCAACGGAUCGAUCUGGUUGCUAGAUCAGCGCGCCAAUUACAGUAGAACCUGGGCAUUAGACUAAACACACGGUGACAGAAAUGCUUGGAAAUCUCGAAUCAAGAUACUACCUUUCAAACCAAACUUUAUUAAUCUUACAUUUAGAAUGAAUUAAAGCCUUUCUUCCCACUGUUUUUACUUACAUUCAAGAACAAUAACGUUAGGAUACUAGUUUAGCAAUAAAAUUUUUUAAGUAAACACCCAGGCAAAAUCUGAUUUCCUUGCCUUUCACGUCACACAAAUAAUAUGUAAGUGAAUGGUAAACUGUUUUUCAUAAUCUCUGUUGCUGUAUAAAUUUCUGGAUAGUGGAGCUUGGCAAAGGGUAAAGAAACGCUUCUUAUAACUUCCGUUUUUAAAUGUGUAAUACUGCUGGGUUCAUAACAGCAUUCUUAAAAAAAAAAAAAAAGAUGAAUGUUCUUAGUCUACGCAUUUAUGAAAUUGUCAUUUAUGUAUCACGAGUUCAGCAGAGAGUGGGUCCAAUUAGUCAUGUAUAACUCGCGUGUAAGAAAGACUGUGGCCUUAAUGUUGAGUGGUCAAAGUUUUGCCUCCCAACGCAAGAAGAUCUAAACAAAGACUUGCUGAGAGACAAAACUAUUAACCUGCUGUUGUAUCUCACUUGUACCGUCGGUCCUUAGUGAUGAUAAUUGAUUCAUCAUAUUUUUGGGCGAUUCAUCGGGGAUCCUGAGCUAAUGGAUCCGACAGUUCUAGAUUCUACUGAAAGCGUGAGAGAUAACUGUGGGAAGCUUGGAACACAUGUAUCACUAUAAUUACCAUAACAAUGUGAAUAUACCUAACAGUUAAAGGUAACGGUCGUUAUUCAGCUUUACCAUUUCACGUUCGCUAUAAUCUGUAUAUUAUUGACACACCAACUAUUGUGUCCACAUUCAUUCAUAUAUAUAUAUAUAUAUAUAUAUAUAUAUAUAUAUAUAUAUAUAUAUAAACACCUCUUGAACGGAGAUCGUUCUUCAAACCUGGUGCUGCAUUUGCGUAGUGGAUAAAUUUUCUAAUAUAUAUAAAAAGAAAUGCCUACUGGAAACGUUCACUCAUAAGUACAUUUAUACACGCACCAUGCAUUGAGUUCGACUUGUAAAAACAUUCACAUACAUUAUCGUCCUUUUAUCGUAUCAUUACACUUCUGUUUACUUGUUUGCAUUUAUGUAAACAGGAAACUUGUAAGCAUUAUAAAACAAAAGUGUAUAAAAUUACGUGUGAGCAAUUGGACGUGUUCAGUAGGACAUUAAGUUUACUACAGGAAAUGGGUAGAUAGGCUUAUUUUCAUAAAACAGCUUUGCAAUAUGUAUGAAUCAUAAGCAACUUUUAUAACAAAUGUAACAACAAAUAACACUAGUAAUAACAUUAAUAACAAUACUCGGUAAUGGUUGGGAAAACCCGUUUCAAAUACAUUCUGGGGUGAUGUACUUAAAGCGAACGGUUUUCGGGAAUUUUGGGUAGAGAACGUAGCGGGAAUUCUCGACAGAGUAGGUUAAUCAUCUCUCCCUUCUGUAAGUGGAAGUCAACCAUUCUCUCCGUCAAAAUCGGAUCGUCUGCAAAAAUCACAUGAAAUCGUUUUAUAUUCUUACAGGGGAAUUUGCAUUAAUAUUCUAUGAAAUCAUUCUUAAAGGAAAUUCUAAUCCCAAAAGAAUGUGAUUAUUUGUGUCACACCAUCACAGAUAAUUUUGUUUUAUUUAAAGAAUUUAUGAAGUGUAUUUUACUCACAAAACCAGGUUUACAUUUUGUGCUGUACUGUCUACGUUCAAAAAAAUAUAUUUUGCCUAAGCAGAAAUUAAUGGUUAAUGUUCACAUCAAGUUUCAAGUAUACAUUUUACAUAUAUCUUUUAAGAUGGAAGCAAUUAGUAAAAGAAGAUUUUCAUGCACUCAAGAAAAACCUGAUUG